CCGUCUGCACUACCGGCCCAGAAGCUUCUUUCUUCUUCCUUGAGCUACUUUCUGUUCCCUCUGCGUCCCGUCUGACUCUUAUUUUGGCGUGUUCGGCGACCACAGCGAGGGAUGGCGGAGCUGGAGGGUUUGGAGUUCGGCAAGUCGGACUUUGUGCUGCUGGAUGAGGUGACGAUGGAGCAGUUUAUGGAGAAUCUGAAGCUGAGGUUCGAGAAGGGUCGUAUCUACACCUACAUCGGAGAGGUGGUGGUCUCCGUCAACCCGUACAGACAGAUGGACAUUUACGGUAAAGACACCAUCGACGCGUACCGCGGCCGGGAGCUCUACGAAAACCCUCCUCACCUGUACGCGGUGUCGGACGCUGCCUACAAGGCCAUGAAGAGGCGAGCCAAAGACACCUGCAUCGUCAUAUCAGGUGAAAGCGGUGCAGGAAAAACAGAAGCCAGUAAAUACAUCAUGCAGUACAUCGCCGCCAUCACGAACCCGAGCCAGCGGGCGGAAGUGGAGAGCGUGAAGAACGUGCUGCUGAAGUCCAACUGCGUGCUGGAGGCCUUCGGGAACGCCAAGACGAACCGCAACGACAACUCGAGCCGCUUCGGCAAGUACAUGGACAUCAACUUCAACUUCAACGGGGAUCCCACCGGAGGACACAUCAACAACUACCUGCUGGAGAAGUCCAGGGUGGUCCAGCAGCAGGACGGCGAGAGGAACUUCCACUCGUUUUACCAGUUGCUUCGUGGAGGCUCUGAUGAGAUGCUGGAGUCGUUUCACCUGCACAACGAUCCUGCUGCUUAUGUUUACACCAGAGAAGGAGCUGCAGCCGCCACGUCCAACAAUGAUCGAACGAGCCACAAGGCAGUGAUGAGCGCUCUGAGUGUCAUCGGCUUCUCGGAGGAGGAGAUUUCCUCCAUCUACCAGAUCCUCGCCUCCAUCCUGCUUCUGGGAAAUGUGCAGUUUGAGAGCGACGGUGAGAGCGUUCAGGUCGUCGGACUGGAGGCUGUGCAGCACAUCUCCCAGCUGACGUCCACGGAUCCGGACGGCGUCUGUAAGAGCCUCCUGUACCGGACGGUGGCGACCGGCGGCGGCGAGGUCAUCGAGAAGGGACACAGCGAGCAGGACGCCUGCUUCGGACGAGACGCCUUUGCCAAGGCUCUCUACGAGCGACUGUUCGGCUGGAUCGUGAGUCGCAUCAACAGCGUCAUCGAGGUGAAGGACUACAACCCGGUGCUUCACGGGAAAAACACCGUGAUCGGCGUGCUGGACAUCUACGGCUUCGAGAUCUUUGACAACAACAGCUUCGAGCAGUUUUGCAUCAACUACUGCAACGAGAAGCUGCAGCAGCUUUUCAUCGAGCUCAUCCUGCAGCAGGAACAAGGGGAGUACCAGAGAGAAGGCAUCACCUGGCAACAUGUGAGACAAACACAAACAGACGCUUCCUCUUUAGACACCCUGACGCUGCUCCUCUGGCUCAGCCCCACCGACAAGACGAUGGACUUUCAGAAGCACUUCCGGAUCCGACACUAUGCAGGAGACGUCACAUACUCUGUCGAGGGCUUUCUGGACAAGAACAAGGACCUGCUUUUCCAAGAUUUCAAGCGCCUCAUGUACAACAGCUCCGACCCGGUCCUGAAGGAGAUGUGGCCAGAUGGUCAGCUGAGCAUCACCGAGGUCACCAAGCGACCUCUGACCGCCGCCACCCUCUUCAAGAACUCCAUUGUGGCUCUGGUUGACAAACUGGCCUGCAAGGAGCCGUAUUACGUUCGCUGCAUCAAACCCAACGAGAUGAAGUCCCCGGUGCUGUUCGACGACGCCCGCUGCCAGCACCAGGUGGCCUACCUGGGCCUGCUGGAGAACGUGAUGGUCCGCAGGGCGGGCUUCGCCUACAGGCAGCAUUACGCUCGCUUCCUGCAGCGGUAUAAGAUGACCUGUGAGUACACCUGGCCGAACCACCUGAUGGGCUCCGACCGGGAGGCCGUCGAGGCCAUCGUCACCCAGCACGGUUUCCAGGACGACGUGGCGUACGGACACACCAAGCUGUUCGUACGAACGCCGCGGUCGCUGUUCAGCCUGGAGCAGGAGAGGGCCGCCCUCAUCCCCAUCCUGGUGCUGUUCCUGCAGAAGGUGUGGCGGGGCGCUCUGGCCCGGCGCCGGUGCCGGCGGAUGAGGGCCAUCUACACCAUCAUGGGCUGCUACAAGCGCUACAAGGUCAAGGCCCACUUCUGGGAGGUGGAGCGCCGCUUCGCCAGCGUCCGGACGAUGGCCGACUACGGGAAGAGCGUGGAGUGGCCGACGCCGCCUGCAGCGCUGUCCCAGUUUCACGACAUCACGGUGACGCUGCAUCGCAGGUGGUGGGCGAGGCAGAUCGUCAAGAACAUCCCCCCGUCUGACAUGCUGGAGGUUCGGGCCAAAGUGGCGGCUCUGUCGGCUCUGAGCGGAGAGAGGAAGGACUGGGGCGUGGGCCGGGCCUGGGAGAGGGACUACCUGGCCAACGUGCGGGACUGUCCUCAGACCAGCUCCGGCUUCAUCCGAGCUUCCAAGGAGCUGAAGAACAAAGACGAGUACAGUCAGGUCCUCUUCUCGGGCUUCUGCAGGAAGGUGAACAGAUUCAACAAGAGCACAGACCGAGGCCUGCUCGUCACAGACAAGUACGUCUACAAGCUGGAGCCCAAGAAGCAGUACAAGGUUCUGAAGAAGCUUCCUCUGGACGCUUUCACAGGCGUGAGCGUGACCUCCGGCGUCGACCAGAUGGUGGCGCUGCACACGUCCUCCCAGGAUGACGUCCUGCUGUGUCUGCAGCGAGGCGAGCUCAGCUCCAACCAGGACCGAGUGGGCGAGCUGGUGGGAGCCCUGGUGGACCACUUCACACGCGUCAGAAAAAGCUCGUUUCCUGUGAAGGUUUGUCGCUCGGCUCUGCAGCUCCACAUGCGAGGAAAGCCCAAGAGCGUCACCGUGGAAACCAAAGCCGGCCAGACCAACACCGACUUCAAGAAGAGUCGGGACGGGUUCGUCCUGCUGGUUCCCGCCAACUAACGUCCAAACAUCCGAACCUCCUCAAUAUCCGAAGACGCGUCCGUCCGGGUCAGGUCUGGGUCAGGUCUGGGUCGGGUCUGGGUCAGGUCUGGGUCAGGUCCGGGACGGAGAUGACACCGUGGACUCAGGACUUUGUUCUCACGUGGACCGUUCUCGUGGUUUUAAAGUGUUGACUCGGAGCAGAACCUGCUUCUUUCUGCUGAGCUGCAGCAGGUUGAAGUUCACCGGACAAAGACGAGAGGCAACGUGGAGACGCUGCUGCAGUAAAAUAGCCGCUUUUUCUGCUGUUUUAUUAAAUAUUUGAAGGUAUUUUUUUGAUAGAACAAAUUGCACAUGGCGAUAGAUAAACGAGUGAACACGUCUAUUUUUGUAUUUUCUCACGCUGUUGCCUGCAGACUGCAGCAGCUACUCCGUGUCAGAAGUGAUGAAAAGGGGAAAGAAAAACAAGACGGUGGAAGAAAAUAAAUUAUUCAAGGUUUACUAAAGCGAGUUCUUCUGUGUUAAUUUGUCCCCGACGCUUCGUUGCUCUGACAUUCAGCAGAACAUCUGUGUUCCGCGCUGAUUACAAGUCGGAUGUGUUGUUGGGGCUUCGAAGGAAAAGCAAAGAGAGUCUGAGAGAAGGAGGUCAGGUUUCAUUCAGUUUUUCUGUUUGUGAGGACGAUUCUCUGCAGGAAACCAUUCAAGUGGAUCAAUCAGACAGAGACGUGGACUCUGGUUCCUCUGUGUGUCUGCAGCAGAUCAGCCGUCUGAUAGAAGCUCUGCUGUUCAUUUAUUCUGCUGUUCAGCUCUUCCCCUUCGGUUGUGUUUGUUCUUGUUCCGUCUGUGAGUUCUCUGCGUCCACCUGAACGCUACGGAGAUAAAUAAAGCCGCUUUAAGACAAAA